GAAAUAUUCUUGCAAUAAGAAGCUGUUAAAGUUAUAACUUGUCAGGAUCUACAAACCUCUCAAGCACAAAGGAAGCAGUUGUAUAUUAUUAAAAAAAAAAAGUUUGGGCGUUAAGAGACUUUGGCUUUUGGCAGUCAAGUAUACUCGAAGAAUAAGAAAAGAUUGCCAAAUUGAACCUCGACGCAAGCGUUCGCUGAAUAAUUGGCGAAAGAAACUUAAUCAAACAAAAACAAUUGAAAUUAACGAUUAAAUUUAAAGCUUUAAACAAAAGAGCUUAGAAUUUAAAAACUCGUAGGAGGACAAAACAUUGCAUAAUCAUAACAGAACACUGUUAACAGGAACCUAUACGAUCUUUCGUAGGGCAAGCAUCGUAAAUUCAUCUUCGCGGGAUUGUUACUUAUACACUGAAGAAGCUACGAAGCUGAUAAUCUGUGGAUCUUUAGUACUUCACUCAGAAAUGGCAGAAAGAAUUGAGUCACGGAGCGAUAUACUAUCAAGCACGGAGUUGAACGAUGUCAUUUCUAAAACGGUUAACCAUGUUAUAAACGAAACGGCGGAGCUAACCAACGAAGCACCAAGCUCGAGUAAGCGUCGAAAACAAAACGACAAUCAAGUUCGUCGUCCUAUGAAUGCGUUCAUGGUGUAUGCCCAGGUUGCGCGGAAGAAAGUAGCGGGAAAGUAUCCGAAUUUAAGUUAUCGAAAGCUGAGCAAAACUCUCGGCGAGUUGUGGCGAAUGUUAGACGACGAGGAGCGAAGACCUUUUGUCGAGGAAGCCGAAAGGCUACGUCGCGAACACAAAAGAGCACAUCCUACAUACAAGUUUAAACCGCAACGGCGACGAAAGAAAGCUGAGAAGCAAAGCGAGGGAGAGAGCUCCGCUUUCGCUGGCAAUGCGAGCAUCAUGAAUAGCACCCAAUGUGGUCCAAUGCUCCACGGUAGAAAUUUCACGACUCACGAUGAUUUCAACACCGCUGGGGACCUGUUACACUCGCCCUAUCUUCCCCGAAACGAAUCCGCGAACUCUGUAUCGACCAUUUGGCCAUUUAUACAAAACAACUCAUCUGAGCAUUAUUUUAAUUCCAAUAUCGCUGACACUACAAGAGGAUUCCCUAGCGUAUCAACAAUUACGGCGAAUAGCAGUGUUAAUUUUCCUAAUCAAAGGCAGUACUUUGAUCCUAUGGAUCAUGCAAAGAUGUCAGGACAUCCAGGAAGGCCGAAUUCGUAUUCCCAGUUCGAUCCUAUGGACCAAAAGUUAUCAAGACAACAUGAUUUGGGGCGGGCAAAUUGUUCCCAAAAUAAUUCAGUCGUUAGUCUUGUAACACCGGAACAACCGAGUGACUUCAGCACUACAAAAUUCCUUAAUGCGGGCCCUUCAAAUAACGUGUGUUUUUCCGAAAGCUAUCCACAUGCGUCUUCAGUUGAUAAUCUACCAUACGCUGGGGAGACGUAUGGCCUGGGGAAUCGUGGUUUAUCGCCGUUUUCGCGUUCGACACCUGUUAUAACUAGCACGAAUGUCCUCCCGCAAGCUAUGAGCAGUCCUUAUAGCAGAAACAUGUUUACUGAUCUUAGCGCUAGGCCGACACGAAAUGAACCCAUUCUUAACUUUAUGGAACAUAUGUGAUGUAUUUUGUUGACGAUAAUUUAAUUUAAGUUUAAACUAACAAAUCUAGACGCGCACAAAAUUCUACAAUUGUACAGUACCGAUUGUUUGAUAGUAAUUUCAAUGUAGAAAUAUCUUUAAGUAUAUGGUAUAUUUUUAUACCUUACACAGUGGUGGAGUUUUUAUUAUAGGUAAUGUUAGUGUUUUACAUAGUUAAACCGAUCUGUAUAGAAAUUAAAUUUGUUUGGUAUAACAAGAUUGAUAUAUUGUGCAUUUGACUUCAUAUAAGCUUGUACAGUAUAUG